UGUAUGCGGGGGUGGGUCCUUGUGAACGGCGCUGCAGAGUCCAUUUGGAAAGAGGAACUGUGCGGGGUUGGACCUGUAGUCGACCCUGAGAAGAAUCGACCCCUGAUAGCACUUCUCAGUGAGGUCAGAUCUCCUUCCACCUUUGAUGGGUGGGAAGAGGAAGCGGGGAGAAGGAAGCGAGGAGUGAUUCAACCUCUAAGUCUGCUGUUGGAACAGAUCCCCUGCAGUGCCGGAGAGAGGAGACACGGUCGACUGGGAAGCAUGAGAGACGCCGCCGUCCCGAUGUGGAGGACCCUACUCGUUAUUGGGCUGCUGGCUGCCCAGGUUAGGCUGAGCUACCCAAACCCAAUGGAGGAGUGUUCUGGCAUGGGAGUCCCAGGUCUGAGGAGCUUCAAUCUGAUGACCAAGUGUAACUCCACCACGCUCCGAGAGAAGUCCCUCCAGCAGAUCCAGGCCCCCACCACCAACCUCUUCAUCCCCAUCCUGUACCUGUUUGCACUCUGCGUGGGGCUGCCCGCCAACCUGCUGGCUCUCUGGGUGCUGGUGUUCAGAACCAAGAAGCUUCCCUCCACCACGCUGCUCAUCAACCUGACGGCCGGCGACAUCAUGCUGCUGCUCGUCCUGCCCUUCCGCAUCGUCUACCACCUGAAGGGCAACGACUGGGUGUUUGGCGAGCCCUUCUGCCGCAUCGUCAUGGCCAUGUUCUACGGCAACAUGUACGGCUGUAACCUGUGCCUGGCGCUGGUGGCGUUGGACCGCUACGUGGCGCUGGUGCACCCCUUCGGCGCCAAGGUUCUCCGGAGCCGCAGGACGUCCCUGUACAUGAGCUUGGUGGUGUGGAUGGUGGUGAUUGCCGCUAUGGUCCCUCUCCUUGUGUCCCAGCAGUCCUACGUGCUGGACGAGCUCCAGAUCACCACCUGCCACGACGCCCUACCGGUGCAGGAACAGGAGACCUACUUCCUGCCCUACUUCACAACGUUGUUCACUCUGUGCUUCCUGCUGCCCUUCCUGGUCAUUGUGUACUGCUACAGCGCUGUUCUUCGCACCCUGGUGGCCGGUGGGAAGAGGUACAGCCAUGCGGUGCGCGUGACGGCCUUGGUCCUCGUGGUGUUCCUGGUAUGCAUGUUGCCGAGCAACAUCCUCCUACUGCUCACCUACUCCGACAGCAUCCUGGACGGGGAGGACAUAUACCUGCCCUACAUGGUUAGCCUAGCGGUCAGCACCCUAAAUAGCUGCAUCGACCCCUUCAUCUACUACUACGUGUCGGACGACUUCAGGGAAAAGGUGAGGAAUUUGCUGCCUUGCUGUGGCGACAGAAACGACAACUCGUCCUCCUCGGGGAACCCUGUGUCGAAUUCGUCCUCGUCCAGGAUAAAGAGCCAGCUCACCUUGCUGUCCAAAUCCAGCCGGCAGGCCACCAUUGACGAGGAUGCUGCUUGAGGCUGCCAUGGCAGAACCUUCUACAGAGCAGAGUUCUGCAUUUCUGUAAACCUCAUCCAUUGGGUUCCAUUCGAUGUUCCAUUUGAUUAUGUCAUGCUGAAGUGUACUUGGACAGAGGAAAAUAUUAGGCGACGUUUGCGCUCUGAAUGCUUUGGGUUCAUAAGUAGAUGCCAAGAUGUUUUUAACUGUCGCCAUGAAGGAAAACCGCUCUCUGAUAGAACCCUCAACAUUAUAGAAUCCCUUUCUGUGAUGGAACCCUCUCUAUCGUACAUUCUCUCCAAUACAUUGUAGAAGUCUCUCUCUCUCUCUCUCUCUCUCUCUCUCUCUCUCUCUCUCUCUCUCUCUCUC